GACAGGUGAAAUGAAGAACGCGAUCUGCUUUAUCUCCUAAGACCCAAAGGCCCGUGGCUCUCUUUCUAACACUCCAUUGCCCUCUCCAGAGAUUCACUUCCACCUGUGGACAAACGAAGAGGAGCUGUGGAAUGAGCUGGUGAACUUCACCCUAAACGUUUCCACCUCUGAGCGGAACUCUAUGUACCAGGAGGAGGAAGAGGAGGAUGUUUCUAAGAGGGUUUCCCUCCUGUCUGUUGAUAGUGGAAUAGAGAAGGACCUGUCUGACAUGGAGGAGCGGGAACAGAGGAAUCCAUUCACCCGGUCAUGGUCACCGUGUUUCAGAGGGAGAAUGAAGCCAGAAGACAAAAUGGCUCAGGAAAACAUCAAGGGGCCCACCAGUAGCACCCCUCUCCCUAAAGAGGAGGGGAACCAUACCGCACGCAUUGUGAUGAUGGGAGACGACAGGGUGCUGGGGAGACUGGCCAAGGCGUAUCACUCCAUCCGAAAAAGGGAGGCAAAACAUCUCAUCUUGACCAAGAGAUUGAACCUACAGAUAUACUACAUCCCUGUCACUGAUGAGCCUAUCGUCAAUUCACCUGAAAGCACAUCACAAGUUGGAGACAGGUUGUCUCUAGCCUCGUUCUUAGGAAGGGUCGAUCCCUGGUACGAAAGCAACAUCAACAGUUUGGGAGCCAUGAUUCCAAAGCUGGCAGGAACGCAGUCCAGUCACAGCAGGUCAUCAGAACCCAAUCACUUCCUUGUGGACGUCCUCUCCUACUACCUUCGCUGUGGCCUACAGCCUGUCCACUUCACACUCUACUCUGUCAAGAUCUCUGUCUCUGGCCAGACUGGCAGCCCUGUGGACGAGGUGUUUGUGUCCCACCUGGAUGCUGAGUUCCCGGAGUUUAAAACACUCAGAGAAAAUCUAAGACAAGAGAGAUCUAGUAGGCGACGAACAAGGAAGACACUUGGAACCUGUGGAGCGGUGGUUUCUAUGAAUUACAGUAAGGUCUCCUUGAGCAAACAAGAGGUUGUCCAGGGAAGGUCAGUCAUGACAUGUGGAGUGGUCAUCAGUGCAAUCUCACCCAAUGAAACAGAAGGUCUUGAUUUCCUCACUGUCAAUUUUGACAGUACAAAUCCAAGAUGCUGCACGGAGAUCAGAACCCAAAACAUUAAAAUCAGAAUCCUGGAGGAUAAGACCUUCACAGUCUGUCUGGACAAAGACUGUCGCAGGAAAUACACACAUGUGCAAAGCAUUGAGAUCUCUCCAUGUUUGGAUCCAGGGUAUUGCCUCCAGACAAGUUCCAAGUUCAGUGUGGGAGAGGAGAGGGAGGCGGGGUUGAGCAAAUACAUGUGCAAGAUCCUGCCUCUGCCAAUCAACACCUUCACUGGCAUCAACCACUGAGGGGAUUUGAUUAUUUAGCUCGGGCUCUGUUCCGGGCGUGAGCCAGGUGCUCUGCUCUGGCCAAUGGCGAAGUAAGCUAAAAACAACGUCGGUUAUGCACGUGGAGUAAUGAGUAGGAUUCUGUGUUUUCGCAUGCGAAAGGGAUUUAUUUUGAUUAAAAAAGUGUUUUAUCUGCCUUCCCAAUGAAAUCUAGUUUGAAAAUUCAAACAUAUAUUUUAUGAAAAGAGAUGUUGUAUGUAUUUUUUAUUUAUUUUAUUAUGAUCCCCAUUAGCUGUUGCAAAAGCAGCAGCUACUUUU